GGAGGAAGUGGAGGGGAGCGCAGGUAAACAAGUCAGACCGCAGCCAGCGGCCAGCAGUCGCCACCGCGCCGCGCAGCGCACACCAUGGCCGUCCGCGCCUUCACAGUCGUCGUGUUCCUGUGCGGAGUGCUGGCCGUGCCACCCCUUCUGGACCUGCCGCCUGCUGAGGACCCAAGCCUCUGGGACGACGACGACUACCUCCCCGUGUCUGCGGGAGAGCGAUUCGAUGCCUUCGACUGGGCACUUUGCCGGGCGCUGGAUGCACGCUACCCGGGAAAUGUAGUAGUUUCACCCAUCGGCGUCAAGAUGGUCCUAGCAAUGCUGUACGAGGGCGCCACGGGCGACACAGCGCGCGAACUCGAAGCGGGGUUGCUGCUCACAAAGGACCGCCAGCAGACGCGCGACAAGUACAGUGCCAUCGUGGCCUCGCUGCAGGGAAACAACCCGGAUUAUCUGUUCGACUUGGGAAACAAAGUAUUUGCAGACGUUUCACUGACACUACGACCACGCUUUGUUACAAUCCUGAGGGCGUUUUAUAACAGUGAUAUUCAAAAUGUCGACUUCAGAGAUCCUAAAACUGUGCCCUUAAUUAAUGAAUGGGUAAAAAAUGCUACACGUGGUCACAUUGACUCAAUAAUGAGUGAAGAUGGUCUUUCGGACGCUGUCCUCCUGCUUGUGAACGCACUGUACUUCAAAGGCUCUUGGAAGUAUCAAUUUCAGCCUCAGCUUACCUUCACCAGCAAUUUCUACACAGGCAAAGGGAAAACUGUAGCCGCACAGUUCAUGCGUCAGAGUGCAGAAUUUUUCUACUUACACUCUAAAGAGAUUAAUGCAAGCAUAUUGCGAUUACCCUAUCUUGGCAGGAAAUUCUCAAUGUUUAUCGUCCUGCCGGACGACAGGGAUGGUCUCGAAAACCUUCUGAGCACUGUAAAUCCAUUUGCUCUGCGAGAAGAUCUCGGACUGCUCAGACCGACUGCAGUACACGUGGUGCUCCCAAAAUUUACUUUCGAAUUUUCUGUACUGCUGAACGAUGUUCUGAAGGAGCUGGGAAUAAAACAAAUUUUCACUGAUAAAGCUAAUCUGCAGGGAAUUGCAAGGAGUCGUUAUGGAAAGCUGUCAGUCUCAAAGGUUUUACAGAAAUCAGCUCUAGAAGUAAACGAAAAAGGAACUACAGCAGCAGCUGCUACAGGUAUCGAGGUCAUUGAUCGAAUCGGAGUCAGAGAGGUGACAUUCAACGCUACACAUCCAUUUCUUUUCUUUAUUGAAGACGAGACGACUGGUACAGUAAUAUUCGUAGGAAAAGUUGUGGAACCAUCGACUGACAAAACUCCGCAGAAAACCACGAUUUCUGUCCGACAAGGAGAAUUCCACGGUGACAAGAAGAAAGACGGUUCCAAAGGUGUUCAGCAGUCUCACGUGUCUCAAACUGAAAAGGAAGGACCUUACCCUGUGGAAAUGCCAGAUUUUGACAUCACAUCUCAAACAAUCGAUAAAGGUGGACAGCAGAAAAAGCGGGUGUACUAUAUUUUAUCCCAAAGCGCGUUCCAUUACCUGAUUCAAUUUUUACCACAGAAGCUUCCGCAAUAGUGAACGAAGAAAGUUUGCCUUGAUGUCAAUACUUUUUACUCGCUAGUCUUUACCAAUGCGUCUACUAUACUCAUGUUCACAACAUAUGACUGUGAGAAGACGUACGUGUACGUGUGUGUGUGUGUGUGUGUGUGUGUGUGUGUGUGUGUGUGUGUGUGUGUGUGUG